AUGUCAUUGAAAAAAUCAAAUUGGCAUUAUCCAUUGAAAUUAACGAAAAGAAAUACUUCCUUUUGUCACAAAAAUCAAGAGGAAUAUCAACCAAAAACACUUCAUUAUCAUAAUCAAGAACGUCGUCAAUUCUUACCAACAUUUCCAAAUCAAAGCAAUCAAUCAAUAAAUCAAACACCACUACUUUUAGCUAAUGUAUCUGCUCAUAAAUUAUCCACCAUAGAAUUAGCUCGACGCUCAUUUAAUGCUUAUGAAAAUCCAUUAAAUUCAAAUUUACUGCAACAAGUUCCAUCGUAUAUUCAUUAUCUUUUUGAAAGUCUGUUUAGUGAUUUAAGUCAACGUUUACAUAUUGAUUCGACCAUUCUUAAUUAUAAUUUAUAUCGUCUUCAUCACAUUAUAAAAGUAUUUAUAUGGAAAUAUCGUUCAUAUGAACGAUCAGCCAUUUUAUAUGAUCAUCAUUUUCAAUUACCAACACAUGAACAAUAUUUAAGAAUGUUAAAUCAAAAAGAAUUACUAAUUUUAUUAGAAUAUUUUCUACAAAUGGAUGUUGAUCUUUUUUUUUUGAAAACAUGUACAGGUCGUAGUAUUGAAACAUCAAAAUCGAUCAAUCAAUUAUUUUGUACAGAUGAGAUAACAAAUUAUUAUCAUUAUGAUAUGAAAUCAUGUCAACAGUUAUAUUGUACACUUUGUCAAUCAAAACAAGAUUCAACUUCAACAAAAAAUCUUGUAUCAUUUUCAACCGGUGGACAUAAACAUUGUUUUCUUAAUAAAUAUGAAGCGAUAUUAAAUUGUCCGGCAAAUUGUCAAACAAAUAAUAUUGUUUAUGCUUUAACAUGUGUUUGUGGUGAAUAUGAUUACAUUGGUUCAACACAAUAUACAUUAAGUGAUAUCUUACAGUAUCACCGACAACAUUCCAAUCGUCUUAUGAUUGAAUAUUUAUUAAACGGUGAACCGUUUUCAAAUUUAUGUACUUGUACGAAGGGUCAAAUUGAUAAAGGACGAGCAAAUAACAUGCGUCUCUAUCAACAUUUUACACAUUGUUCGAAAUCUUUACAAUUAUUUCUUGAGCAUAAUCCAAAUUAUUGGUGUUUUAUACCAAUGAAAAUCAAUGAUGCUCAGUUCGAUGAUUUCUCUUCUUUAACAUUAACAUUAUCCAAUAGUGAACAACAAAAUACCAUUGUUGAUCAUUAUCUUGUGCAUCUACCGAAACCACCUCUAGGUUAUACAUUUUCUAAACGCCAACAAGAUGAACAACGUCAGUUCUUUCAAAAAUUUAAUCCUCAACAAUAUCACUUAUAUUCAACAUUAGAUUUUUAUCGUACUUCUAUUGUUGCUGUUCUACCAGAUCCAUGUUCAACAAUGCUUCGACAUAUGAUUGAAAUUUUAUUUAUUACUCAUGCUGAGACAAAAUUGAAUUCUAUGAAUUUAUUUACAAGUGAUACAAAUCUUUUAUAUGGUUUACCGUAUGCUGAGAAUAGAGUUUGGUGUGAAAAUUUAACAUGUCCAUCUUUAAAUCAUUGCGUUCCGACCACAAAUUGUUCAACAUUUUCAAACUGUGAAUAG